AUGGAUGCCAAAGAAAUUCUUGUUCAAAAAAUGAGUUGGAAUAUUCAACAAGCAAUAAAGCUUCUUGUUUUGUUGAUUUUAAUGGGCUACUUCAUGAUUUGGAUAAUGAUGCCCACAAACACAUUUUAUUUGCAUUGGUUGCCUCAUCUUUAUGCUAAACUCAAUUCCACUUACUUAGGACAACAAGGUUCAAACAUUUUGAUUUAUACAUUUCCAGUUCUGUUCAUUGCUACUUUGGGAUGUAUUUUCCUCCAUUUAGUCAAGUAUGCUAAUGUACAUGAUGAAAGAACCUCAAAAGGUACUCGUUUCGACUCAUGGAGUCGACCAGCGAUUACGAAAGGUCCUUUAGGCAUUGUUUCAUGGAUAGAAUUGUGUUUCUUAUUCAUGUUCACUGCCCUUCUCAUUUGGUCAAUCUCAUCUUACACACAUGGCAUGUUCAAGACUAUAACCAGACAAUCUGCAGCAAUGAUGGGAGUAAAAGUAUGGCAAGCUAAAUUACAAAAUGUGGCUCUCAUGCUAGGCCUUGUAGGAAACAUCUGUCUAGCUUUUCUCUUCUUUCCAGUAACUAGAGGAUCAUCCAUUUUGCGACUCUUCGGACUCACAUCAGAGUCUAGUGUCAAGUAUCAUAUUUGGCUUGGGCAUGCUGUCAUGGCUCUCUUCACUGCUCAUGGUUUAUGUUUCAUAAUCUUCUGGGCUGAUACUCAUCAGCUUUCGAUAAUGUUGGAAUGGAAUAAAGUUGGAAUUUCCAUUGUGGCUGGAGAAGUGUCCUUGCUUGCAGGAAUAGCUAUGUGGAUGACAAGUUUCCCGCGAAUCAGGAGAAAGUUGUUCGAGCUUUUUUUCUAUACACAUCAUCUCUACAUUAUCUUCGUAGUGUUCUUCGUAUUCCAUGUUGGAUUUACCUACUCCUGCAUCACUCUUCCUGGAUUUUACCUCUUCUUGAUUGACCGGUAUUUGAGAUUCUUACAAUCCCAACAAUGCGUUUGCUUGGUUUCUGCACGUGUUUUACCUUGCCAAGCAGUGGAACUAAACUUCUCUAAAAGUCCAGGGCUAUGGUACAAUCCAACGAGUUCAGUUUUCAUAAAUGUGCCUAGUAUUUCAAAGUUGCAGUGGCAUCCAUUUACAGUGACUUCCAACAGUAACAUGGAACCUGAGAAACUCAGCAUUGUCAUAAAAAGUGAAGGGAAAUGGUCUCAGAAACUGUUUGAAAAGCUCUCAUCGACUACGCCAGGACAUCAUCUUCAAGUUUCUCUAGAGGGUCCUUAUGGACCGAGUUCAACCCAAUUCUUGAGACAUGAUAUGCUAGUUAUGGUGAGUGGAGGCAGUGGCAUAACUCCUUUUAUAUCAAUCAUCAGAGAGCUGAUUUAUAUUGCUGGUUCAACAGGCUGCAAGAUCCCAAAAGUUCUCCUUGUUGCUGCUUUCAAGAAAUCAACGGAUCUCGCCAUGCUGGAACUUCUCCUUCCCCUUUCAGGAACCAACUACAAUAUGUCGCGACUACAGAUACAGAUUGAAGCAUAUGUAACAAGAGAGACAGAACCUCUAAAAGACAACCAAAAGUUCCUCAAAACACUAUGGCUUAAGCCCAAUGCAUCAGAAAGACCAGUUUCCGCAGUUUUAGGCCAGAACAAUUGGCUUUGGCUUGGGGCUGUAAUCACAUCCUCUUUCAUCAUGUUUCUUCUGCUCAUUGCCAUUCUAAACCAGUAUUACAUUUACCCCAUUGACCAUAACACGGGGAUGAUAUAUUCGUAUUCUGAAAGAGCAGCUCUCAGUAUGUUGCUUUUAUGUGUGUCUAUAGCUGUAACUGCAUCAGCUGCCUUUGUUUGGAAUAAGAAACAGAAGGCCAAGGAAAUGGUGCAGAUUCAGAACAACGACAUACCAACACCGAUGACUUCUCCAGGUACAGGCUCAUGGUUUAACAACGCGGAUAUAGAGCUGGAAAGUCUACCAUUUCAAACGUUUACUCGAGCAACACAAGUACACUAUGGUGUAAGGCCUAAUCUAAAAAAGAUAGUUACAGAGUGUGAAGAAUCAAAUGUUGGAGUUAUUGUUAGUGGUCCAAGAAGAAUGAAGCAAGAAAUAGCAACAAUUUGUUCAUCCUGUGUAGGCACCAACCUUCAUUUUGAAUCCAUCAGCUUUAGCUGGUAA